UGGAUAAUGCUAGGUUGACCUUUUACGAUUCUUAGAGUUUAGGGAUCGUAGAUGCAAUCGAAAGCAUUUCCAUAGGACUAACUAUUUGAUUUUUCUCUCUUCUCUUUUUUGAUACGUACUACGCCUGAAGGAGAAACCUGACAAGUUUCUAAUUUGAUGAUGCAUACGGAGUGUGUGGUACGUAAGUUUACCAAGCCCAUCCCAUAUCUUAUGGACUUUGACAAUACCUCUUUCUCAUGUCCCAGUCCCUGCACUUAUAUCCGUCUAGUGUCAAAAGGCACGUAAUGGGAAUUUGUUGAUUGCAACCUUGAACCCGAAGAUGCGAGUAGUGUGGAACUAGCAGAAGCUACCUACCUUAGGUACCUGGUACUCGGUUGAUAAUAGUCCGGCAAUGUGGAGAAAUUCCGAUCCCGCCUCGGCCAUUACACGGCAUGCAUAGGUAUAUCAUGUAUAAAUUGUGCAGCCGUUGACCCUUCCUCUUUGUUUGCUUCGUUGCCUUUUACCUGCCGUCUUUCCGUAUGCUAAAUACCUUAUCUUCCCGAGUCGCGGCUCCUACUCGUCGGUACUCUCUCCAAUUUAAAAGUUAUCUCUCAUCGUCGAACAACAACAACAUCAUGAAGCUCCUCUACCCCACAUCCCUCAAGCUCGACGUCAAGAGCCUCGAAGGCUUCGCCCCCUCCCUGCACCCGUACGACGUCAAGGCGCCGAUCCCCGAGGACCUCGUGGACGCCGAGAUCCUCGUGUCCUGGACCAACAGCGCCGAGAACCUCGCCGACGCCGCGCGCCGCAUGAAGAACCUGCGGUGGAUCCAGUCCCUCGCCGCGGGCCCCAACGACAUCCUAGCCGCGGGCUUCCCCGCCCACGUCCUCGUGACCACGGGCUCGGGCCUCCACGACCGCACCGUCGCCGAGCACGCCCUGGGCCUCCUGCUCACCGCCGCCCGCCGCUUCGACCAGAUGCGCGAGUUCCAGCUGCGCAGGGAGUGGCCGGCGCAUCUGGGCGGCGCCCAGCCCGACCGGCCCGCGGACAGGUUCACGACGCUGCGCGACGCCAACGUGCUGGUCUGGGGCUACGGCAACAUCGCGCGGACGCUGGCGCCGCACCUCGCGGCCCUGGGGGCUAGGGUGCGCGGGGUCGCGCGGUCCGCGGGGGUGAGGGACGGCGUCGAGGUGUUCGCCGAGGAUAGGCUGCCGGAACUACUGCCGACGACGGACGCGCUGGUUAUGAUUCUCCCGGGGUCGGAGAGCACGACGGACGCGCUGAAUAGGGAGCGGUUGGCGCUGCUGCCGGCCCACGCGUGGGUUGUGAAUGUGGGGAGGGGCGUGAGCAUCGACGAGGAGGCGCUGGCGGACGCGCUGGAGGAAGGCAGGUUGGGGGGCGCGGCGCUGGAUGUGUUUAAGAAGGAGCCGCUGCCGAAGGAAUCCAGGUUGUGGGGCGCGCCGAAUCUGCUGGUUAGUCCGCAUGCGGCGGGGGGCAGGCCGCAGGGCGCGGAGGAGCUGAUCGCGUAUAAUUUGAGGAGGUUCUUGGCCGGGCAGGAGCUGAAGAACUUGGUAUGAGGGGGGUUGAGUGUUGUUGAAUGGAGAGGGUGGAAUAGGGGGUAGAGUCUGUCCGCGGGGAGGGAGAUUCGACUCCCUGAAUUCUAAGGCCAGGCCUUAUCUUAUGAUCCCGAUCUUCCUGUUGCUUGGAGCUUACGACGAAGCAUGUGUUUAAGAGUACCUAAUGCAAUGCGGAAGAUCAUAUUAUAGAAAGCGAGUGAUUAUUAUUAGAUAUUGGAAAAAUAUACUUGCUUCUUGAUCAGUCCAGCCGAGAAGUUCAUGUCCCAGGUUUGUUCAAGGUAGGUAGGUAGUAUGUGAUGUACUGCAGCUGUAGCGCAAUGAAGUGCUAUUCAUCCUAGUUUCCCUAAUACGAGAAUCGAUGGCAUGUUGCUUUGGCUGUGUGUACCUCCUAACGUAACCUCUUGCCGGUAAAAGUUGGUUGCUCAACUAACUUACUACUACUCUCGCCGAGACGCAAAUAGGUAACCCACACAGACCGCUCUAGAUAUUGCUACAUAACCUACAGUACUAGAAGGACUUGUUGAUGAAUACAUAAGUACCUAGACCUAAGUUAACAUAUCUCAAAUGAGCGGUAUAACUCUAA